AUGGACGCCAUCGCGUUUCGCACAAGGGCUCGUUUCAAGGAGCCAGCAUCUCAAGCAUGCGACAAGAAGCUCCAAGCGGCAACUCUUAUUUCUCAAAGAAGCCGUAGGCGACUUCGGAGAACCGUCGCCUCAGAAUCGCAACAUGAACACUUGAACAACAACAACUCACCGGCGCCAACCAGUGACGACGAACAGAACGAUAGCGUUGCAAGCAACGAGAUUAGGAGCCCUGAUGGUGGUGGCCAGGGUAAGCCUGCGGGCUCCCGAAACCGGAGGCGAUGCGUUGUCUCACCGCCAACGACAAGCGCCUCAUCGGACGACAGCGACGUUGUCAUAGUGGGUGAAUUCCAAAGCAACGACCGUGAUGGGGCUGCUUCACAGCAGCAGGCCAAGCGACCUUGCAUUCGCCAGCCAUCUCCGAAGAUAGCGGUCAACAAGCCUCCUCUUAGCGACAAGCCGGAGGAUGGUGACGAUCUAGAAUCCGAUGAGGAGCUUCGCAUCGUGGGUAUGGUGGGACAGGUGGUGACCCGGGAUCUUGCCCACCCCCGACCUCACUGCGCCGAGCACCACUUCGAUCGCGAUAUGGCUGCGGUCGAGUCCAAUGCCAAGUGCUGCGAGCAGUGCUACUGCUUCGUGUGCGAUGUGAAGGCGUCGGAGUGUCAGUUCUGGGGCACAGCCCUCACUGACUUUACACAUGCACUUUACACAUGCAGCGGUCGCCGUCAGAGGGACCACGCAAAUGCUCGGCCCCAUCCUGGUUGGAACGCCCUUCGUCAGGCUGCUCGCGCGGGGGAUAAGGCCCUCGUUCGCCGGGAGUUUGAAGGGGAGGGACCCUUAUUGAGCCUGCCGCAGGUGGCGGCGGCGGCGACAAUUCCCCGGGAGAUGUAUUCCCAACAGGAGCUACGGCAGUUGCUGCAGCAGCAGCAGCAAACUGCGGCGCUUUUGCUGUCGCGGCUGAUGCAGCAGCAGCAGUCGGGGGCCCAGCGGCAGCGAGCAUUGGAGACUGGUCGCGGCGGCGGCGGCGGCGGCGGCGGCGCAAUGGAAAUUGCCGCGACGGCAGAUCUGGACUUUGGCUCUCAUGUGGACGCCUUUUUGGCGAUGUUGAGUUUCGGCAGGCCAGCUACAACCGCAACAGCUACAACAGCAGCAGUCAUCGUGUGCGGCGGUUUUAGGGCUGCCGUACAGACCCAGGCUGAACAAACGCGGAAGGCCCAGACUCAGACACGUCCCCAUUUCCAAACGCACAUGUCGGAUAUUCGAACGCAAAUGGGCAUCAUGAUGCAACCGCCACAACCGCAACCGUCAUCGUCAUUUCCGUACCGGCAACCGCCAUGGAUGGUGACUGGCCAAAACCCUGGAGCAGCCGACAUCAGCGGUAGGCUACGGCAGGUUGCGGCAGCGACAGCUUCGGCCGCCGCUGCCGCUGCCGGGGCCGGCGGCGGCGGCGGCGGCGGCCUCAUGUUGCAAAACCUUCAGAAGAAUGCGGUCAACGGGCCCAUUGUAGGUACGAUGGCAGGGACGGCGGCGGCGGCGGCGGCGGCCACACCGCCCUCAGCUUCUGUCCCCGUUCCGAUCUGUCUGCAGCACGUUCCCGAGUUGCCCUGGACAGCCGUGAACCUAUCGCCGUCCACAUCGCCGCAGGGCCCCUUGCGGUCCCACCCUCCCGCUCCGGUGUAA